AUGGGGUUCUGUAAGAUUUCAAUAGCUCUUGUUUCUCUCAUGGUCUUAGCAGUAUUUCAUUCCUCUCAAGCCCAAAACUCACCAAAAGACUACCUCAUUGCUCACAAUGGUGCUCGAGCACAAGUGGGUGUUGGCCCUAUGACACGGGACAAUAAAGUAGCUGCCUAUACACAGAACUAUGUCAAUAAGAAGGCUGAUGACUGCAAUUUGGUGCAUUCCAAUGGCCCCUAUGGCAAAAACCUUGUCGAGGCCAGUUAUGGCACUACCGAAGCCAAAGAUGUAAACCUGUGGGUUAAGGAGAAGCCUAUGUAUGACUACAACUCCAACUCUUGCAUAGGGGGAAAAUGUGGGCACUAUACUAGGUGGUUUGGCACAACUCAAUUCACCUCGGAUGCGCUAGGGUUCAGUGCAAGUGAAACCAAAAUGGGGUUUUGUAAGAUUUCAAUAGCUCUUGUAUCUCUCAUGGUAUUAGUAGUAUUUCCUUCCUCUCAAGCCCAAAACUCACACAGAGACUACCUCAUUGCUCACAAUGCUGCUCGAGCACAAGUGGGUGUUGAUCCUAUGACAUGGGACAACAAAGUAGCUGCCUAUGCACAAAACUAUGCCAACCAGAGGGCUCGUGACUGCAAGCUGGUGCAUUCCAAUGGCCCCUACGGGGAAAACAUUGUCGAGGCCAGUUAUGCCAUCACCGGCUCCGAAUCUGUCAAGCUGUGGGUUAAAGAGAAGCCUAAGUAUGACUACAAGUCGAACUCGUGUAUUGGGGGAGAAUGCGGGCACUAUACUCAGGUGGUUUGGCGUAACUCGGUUCACCUCGGAUGCGCUAGGGUUUCGUGCAGGAGUGGUUGGUGGUUUGUGACCUGUAACUACGAUCCCCCAGGCAACUGGAUUGGGGAACGCCCUUAUUAG